CACUUACUCUCAGUUACUUCCUCGAACUCUCUCUCACCUUUACCUUUCACAUCCACCAACACGCGCAUAUACUUUGAGUAGCCAAGGAAAAAAAUAACUCUUCACAGUGAUAUGCCAUACAUCAUGAGCAGCGAAUCAGUGGCGCCACUGGCGCUUCGACCCAGCAACAAUCGCCUCCAAUCGGAGGGCGAUAACACAGAGAUGCAGAAUGAAGCAUCUGAGCUCGUGCGCUUCCACGUCGAGCGGAACGAAAGAUUGAAAUCAAAGAACCGCAGGAAGCGAUACCUCGAGCUACACCCCGACUACUUCGACGACGUCUCCCUCGAACUUGCGGACCCUCUCCUCUACGACCGAUUGAUCCGUCGAUUCCAAAGCGCCGCGGAGCGCGAGAAGGAGGGUCGCCGCAAGGGCUUCUCUGGAGUCUUGUCCACCGACUUGUGGCGGGCAGAAGCAAAGAAAGAGGCCUUGAGCAACCCCAACCCGUACUCUCUAUUCUCCUACAAUCGCGGCCCGGAAGGAGAAAUCCUAGAAGAAGACGCGGACGAGGUUCCCAUGAACAAGGAAGAGGCCAAGGCAUGGUGGACGGACGAAAUGACACAACGUUUCCUUCGAGGCGACGACGACGCCUUUGACUACAAGAAGGUCGAUGGCAACCAUGAAUUCGACGAUCCCGAAGAGGAAAGGGACAUCCAAGACGCAUAUUUCGACAGCAUGGAGUCCGACUUCGAUUCAGAUGGUGAAGGAAAAGAGAAGAUUCUCACCGGAGAGACUGGCAUUCAAGACUACUGAUGGAAUGCACCAAGUCGCGACACUAACGAUUCCUGAAGGAGAUCGUUUUGUAAUACCACCAUAUUAGGGAGCCUUCGGUUCAUGGCCCCUCUACAACGGCGUUACGGUUUUCAACAAUGAAUUACAAGAAGUAUUUGAAGGUGAUUGCGCGAUCACCCAACGC